CAGGACUAAUGUCAAAAUAUUAUCGAAAACACAAAUCACAAUGUCAAUAGAUUCAUUUAAGGCAGAAAUAAUAUUUAGUUUUUGCCAUUCAUAAAAUAAAAUUGAAUUGAAUAUUUAGUUUUUCUAAUAUACAACUUAUGUACUUAUAGAAUGAAUGCUAUAAUUGGUCUGUGUCAUUUUUGUGAAUCUCACGGUCCGCGACCAUUAUUCUGUACUUUUACAACAGACGAUGAGAGUCAUACUACAGAAUCCUCCAAAUACCCAGUAGAGUGUAGUGGCUGCAGAUCAAUUGGUGCAGAAACAGUAUUAGUAUCAAAGGACGACAGUGGGAUAAUUUAUUGCAGCAGAGAAUCUGUGCCUAAUGAUGAUGUUACUGCGUUUUUACGCCAGGCUGCUUUACGGAGUAUAACAUGUGAAGUCAAUUGGAGUAAAGAAGGAGGUGUAGUUUAUUUCAGUGACACACAAGGACAUGUCCUCAGCCACAUGUUCCACCUGAAAGAUACUAGGGCCAGAGGGUUGAAGAGAUUAUUUUCAAUUGUAGUUCUAAUGAAGGAUAAAAUGUUCCUUCUAAAUGUAACUCCAGUUUUAUCAGAACACAUGAAGAAAAUAGCAAAACAGCUUCAAGAGUUGGCUGAUGUUGUUUAUGAUAAUGAACAGAGUAUAUGCUCACAAAGAGCAUUGAGGUUGAAAACUGGAAAGAAUGAUUUUGGUCAAUCCAGAUCAUUAAAACAACUGACAAAUGAUGAUGAUAUUUUCAAAAGGCUACAUUCACACUUUACAUGGAUGCUGAAAAGUGGUGCUUUAAUUUAUUCUGAGACUCUUUACACAAGCCAAUAUAUGCUCAACAAGUUUCAUCCAAACACAACUAAAGGCACCAUUUUUGAAGAUAUUUGCUCAGUAACAAUUGACAAUAGCUCUAUGUCAUUACGCGAUGCAGAAAAUCUUUUAUCCAAAGAAGCUUUCAGAACACUGCUGUAUUGUCUUUUAACAGGUGCAAAAAUAGGUGUCAUAUCAAAAUAUAGAAAUCUUUCUUCAGUUGUGAAUGGCCUCUUAAUAAUAUUACCAAAAAAUACAGAUAAGACAUGUGAAAAUAUAAGAAUAGUAAGUCAUGCUGAAGAAAUUCAAGCACAAAAUAUAUGUAUUUUAGAAGAAGUUGAAACUAAUAUUUUUCAUUGUACUUGGAAAAGUAAUGGUCCUGCUAAAUAUCCUACAUUAAUGAAUAAAAUACUGAAUGCAAUAAACAACGAAAAAUUCAAUGAUGUUGUACUAUUACAACAUAUAAAAUCAUUGCAACUUGAGUGGUUGGGGAUAGCAAAUACCAUCAAAUCAUCACUUCAAGCAUCAGGGCAUAAAAAAGAUGCUAUAAAAAAAUUAAAAGUUGUACUUGGAGUAACAGAACAUGACGAGAUUCUUGUAAAUUACUGGAUACAAGCUUUCUGUGAUUAGUUACUAGAUGUGUGUGAAAAUAUUGGUUUUUCUAUAAAUAUGUUUUUAUGACGACUUAUUUAUUGUUCCACAAUAAGCAAUGUAUUAAUACCAUAAUAAUAAUAAUUAAUAGUAGUUUCAUUUUCUAUCACCAAAUAGAUCUUUGUUUCGAUUUUCUACUGGCAGCUACAAACACAAUGUAAUAGUAUAUAAGUAGUAUUUAAAUAAAUAUUUAGGCAGUUGACU